UCAUUAUUAUCCCGAAAAUUAAAACAUUUUUUUGGUCUAAUUUUUAAGUUUUGAAAAAAAAAAAAUAAAAAAAAAAAAGGGAGUAUGAGCGUAGCUGAAGCAAAUCACACGGAGAAGGAAGAGUCGCUGAGACUAGCGAUCGCUGUUUCCCUACUCCGAUCGAAGAUCCAGAAUCGUCAAUCAUCUUCUACUUCCCGUUGUGAUGCUACCUCUGAAACUGAUGCUCUUCGCUGGAAACAGAAGGCUAAGGAGAGGAAGAAAGAGAUUAUCAAACUUCAUGAAGAUCUCAAGGAUGCUGAAAGUGCUUUUCAUCGUGAUUUAUUCCCAGCGAAUGCUUCUUGCAAGUGUUAUUUCUUUGAGAACUUGGGAGUAUUCAGCGGUAUGAGGAUUGGAGAAGCCUCUGAAGCCAGAUUUAACGAUGUUCUUCGUCGUAGAUUUCUCAGAUUAGCGAGGAUAAGGAGCAGAAAGAAAUCAACUCAAUCAUCUAAAAGAUUGCGGUCUUCAGAACCGGAAUAUGAAGAGGAAGCAGAACAUCUAAGGAUAUCUAUAGAUUUUCUUCUCGGACUAUCUGAAGCAGACUCCAAUGCGACUAAUUUCAGCAAUUGGUCACAUCAGGCUGUAGAUUUCAUAUUAGCUUCACUGAAGAAGCUGAUAUCGAUGGGAAGGAACUUAGAAUCUAUUGAAGAAUUAAUCAGUUCCAUGAUUACACAGUUGAUUGCAAGAAUGUGCACUCCCUUUAAAGCAAAUGAGGUGAAACAACUAGAAACAAGUGUUGGGUUUUAUGUCCAGCAUUUGAUCCGUAAACUGGGAAGUGAACAAUACAUUGGACAGCGUGCAAUAUUUGCUAUUUCUCAGAGAAUAUCCAUUUUAGCAGAAAAUUUGCUGUUUAUGGACCCAUUUGAUGAAUCAUUCUCAGAGAUGGAUGAGUGCCUGUUUAUACUGAUACAGCUAAUUGAGUUCCUGAUAUGUGAUCAUUUGUUGCUUUGGGCGGAGAAUGAAGCAUUUGAAACUGUUAUGUUUGAGGAGUGGAUAGGAUCAGUAGUCCAUGCGAAGAAAGCAGUAGCUGCUUUGGAGGAAAGAAACGGAUUGUAUCUUCUCUACAUGGACAGAGUCACAGGGGAAUUAGCUAAACGAGUUGGUCAGAUCACAUCUUUCCGGGAGGUGGAGCCAGCCAUUUUGGACAAACUCUUAGCCUACCCAGAAUGACACCUUUCUAGGUCACGGCGAUGAGGAAGCUGGUUUGACGAGGAAGCUUGGAGUAUUCAUAAAGAAAAGGGCAAGAUUCGGGAGACCUACCACCACCACCAGAUCUGCUUCUGCCACAAGUUCGUCAGGCUCCUUCCAUAAGAUUGCUUGCCUUGCCACCUCUUUCCUGCUUGUUUUCCUUUUCUAGGUUUCUUCUACUGUCAAAAGUGGUUUUUUUUUUUUUUUUUACUUUCUCAACAAGAAUCGCUGUUGUAGACUGUAGACAGUACCACGCCUUUGCAAGUUGCAACUUCAACAAGAACUCUUGAGUAAAAUAAAAAAACUCACAUAAAUUGAGUUAUACA